UUCGCACAGCACACACCGCAUCACAGCCGCGCUCACUCCCCCAACCCUAAUCCCCAUUCCUCUCCGCCCCGGCGGCCGUCGAUCGGCCGCCCGCCCGCCCGCCAUGGCCGAGCCGGCGCGGCACCUCGCCGACGAGAUCCUGGAGGAGAUCUUCAUUCGCCUGCCCACGCCGGCCGCGCUCGCCCGCGCCUCCACCGCCAGCCCCCGUUUCCGCCGCAUCAUCACCGAGCGCCCCUUCCUCCGCCGCAUCCGCGCUCUCCAUCCGCCGCCACUCCUGGGGUUCGCCGUCGACAAGCGCGCCUUCCACCACGCGCAGGAACCUCAUCCCUCCGCCCCGCUUGCCCGAGCCCUCGCCGACGGCGCGGAUUUCUCCUACUCCUUCGUUCCCGCGCCCCAGCCCCAUCAGGAGCUGCUCAGCCCCUGGUACCACCGUGACAUCCGCGACGGCCGCGUCCUCCUCGAGCGCAGCUACCUGUUCGGCGCGGGUGCAGCCUUCCCAAACCUCGCCGUGUGCGAUCCCGUGUCACGGAGGUACGUGCUGCUCCCGUCCAUACCCGAGGAAAUGGCCGUCCAGCAAGAGCGCCUUGUCGAAUUCGGGCCCAUGCUCGGUCCCGCUGCCGAGGAUGAGGAUGAGACCUCGUUCUCGGUGAUCUGCACGGCGUGCUACAAGAGCAAGUUGGUCACAUUUGUCUUCUCUUCGGUCACCGGACAAUUGUGUGUAGCUGCAUCUCCCAGCUGGAGCUCUUUGGGCACAGCUAAGCCCACUUGGAAAGGCAUUUCCAGCUUCAGCUACUUGCGUGGCUGCUUCUACUGGGGAGCUCUCUGGCAAGACAAGUUUCUCGUGCUGGACACACGCACAAUGGAGUUUUCCACACUGAACAUUCUCACAGGCUACCAUAUGCAGCUUCUAAAUCAGCCUGGCCAGGACCCAUGCAGUCAUACCAUUGCUGGUGGUGCAAAAGGAGCGCUCGAGAUGUUUACUCCUGUCGGUGAUUACCAUUCUACCUUGCUGUAUCACACCACUCAACAAAACAACGGCGAAUCAUCCAAUGAGUGGAAGCUACAAAGGGUUAUAGCGUUGCCUCCCGAAUCACUCUAUUUUACUGUGGGUGCAACUGAGGGAUUCUUAUUCCUUCGAGGAGCUCAGUGGGUUGAUGAUUCAUAUGGGUUCUUGCCCGUCGAUUUUUAUUCUCUGGAUGUCAAGACCGCAGAACUUAAGAAGGUCUGUAGGGUAACAACACACUUUGAUCGUCCCAAUGUUGUUCACUCAUACUUUGGCUUCCCACCAUCAUUGUCCAAACCGAGUCUAUGAACCACAAAGCGGUUACAUCCUGGUGACUGAAAUGAAGAAAUGUCUUGUUGGGUGUAGGCUCUUCUAUUUUGUAUGUCCGAAAGUGAAGAUUGACUCUCUAUGUAGGCUUGAAGGUUCAAGGUACAUUGGUGUGCUCUGAAAAUUAGUACUUAACUUGUGGUUCCUUUAAUUUGCUGGUUUCCAAGCAAGCAUGUUUAACAAGUUUACAUGUGAACUCAUCCUGCUUGCAUAUUGGUGUGUGCGCAAGUGUGCGUGAUUUUGGUUAUCUUGUGUGUUGCAUCAGGCAGUUAGGUUUCGACGCUCUUUUUGCUUAUGUUCCAUGAUGCCCCCAUUGUGCGUAUGUGUGCAUGGAAUUUCCAUCUGGUUAUGAGCUCAGUCUUUUCAGAGUUUGUUCUGAUUAAUGAAUGUUGAACCGUUUCAGUAUUUAAUGAGGCAGCUCCUGCUUGUUGAACUGCACCUGCAUAAAUAGCUGUUUCAGUGCUAUCUUACUUUCUUUGAGAUGAUCAGGACAGGCAUGGGUAAAUCAAAGCCAAAGCAACAUUAGCAUGGAUUUCGCCUCUACACAUCGCCGACUUGCCUUUACUUGUUACAUUCUGGUGACUGAAAUGAAGAAAUGUCUUGUUGGGUGUGUAGGCUCUUCUAUUUUGUAUGUUCAAGCAGGAGAUUGACUAGCAUGCACCGGUCAGCUGUGAAGUGGACUUGUAGGAAUUAGUUGCUCUAUCUGGUAACUUCCGUCUAUCAUCUGUUUCCCAUGGGCACCCGUGAACUGGCAUGAAGGCUGAACGCACAUGGACGUGCUCCGAAAAUCAGUACUUAACUUGUGUUUCCUUCAAUUUGCUGAGUUCUAAGCAAGCAUGUUUAGCAAGCUCACAUGUGAACUCAUCCUGCUUGCAUAUUGGUGUGUGCGCAAGCGUGCGCGCGCUUGGUUA